UAUAAGUCUGAAUAUUGAAGGCAUGCACGUCUAGAUGAUCACUAGCAUGACAUUGUUGGUGGUGAUCGAUGGGCAGCAAUUGGUACCCAAUUAGCUAGUUUGAUAAAGAGAUUUGGGCUUCUGGGCUAGCUAGCGAGCUGUACGUGUGUAUAUGGCUAACAUCUGUUGCUCCAUCGAAAUGGAGCCUAAGACUUUGAAUCAAGGCCAACUUAACCGUGCCAGGGAAGUGGCUGCAGAUGUUCAAAAGAAGGAACCAAAUGAAGCGUCGACUGUAUUCAUUGAGGGAUCGACACCAUUGGUUGCAGUAAAUGAUGUAGAGGGAAACCAACUUUACAAGGCUGUUGAGUGCGAGGAGAAGGCUAACGUUAUUGAAGUACCUUGCCAAUGUUCUUACACUACUACCAAUGUGGAAUCCCCGGACCAUGGGAAGCUUAGGGAACCACUUUCGGCCCCAUUUUGAAGCUACGUACCUAUUAUAUUUUCAAACCCGUUUAACAAUUUCAUGUCUCAUUGACAUUUGAUACGACAUGUUUUAAGUAGUUUACAAAGUUAAAAGUGUAAGCCGACUGACCACUUAAAAUAUCGUCAUGUUAGAUGAUGUGAUAUGAGUGUGAAGUGUAGCGUUAUUUUAAAUUAUAUUUGUAUGAUGAAGUGAUCUAGACCUGCAAUAAAACUAUUUUAUGAUAGAAUGACAAAUUUAUUGAGAGGUGUUUAUUGGGCACCGACGCGUAUCAUUGUAGUAGAGCUAGAUUAACUUUCUAAACACUCAUUUUAGAUACAUGUAAUCCCUCCAUCCUCUAUGUAAGGGCAAUCAAUAUAUGGUCACAUGCUAAUG